AUGGCUCAACAAUUUCAAACUAAUUUCAAGGGCUUGCACCUGCAUGGAGAUACUUCUCCACCUACCCAUGGAGAAAGUAACAAAAAUGGUGAAGCUGGCCCCAGUGAAUAUCGAGCUGUAAGCUUGUCGUUUAAUAGUUCAGCUGAUGUUGGACCCUUCCAAGAAGACUUUCCACCCCCAUUGAUUGAUCAAACCCAACAACAAGUGAAAAAGUAG